AUGAGAAAGUGAAGUGCAUCUCUUGCCCAAAAUUGAAGACGUGCCAGACUUUUAUUUCUACUCGUGCCCCGGUAGUUACGUUAUGAAGCCAUGAACAUCUGUUAACCGAAAAAUUGGUCAAUCACAGCUUUUCUAACAACUAUUUAAACGAGACCCCCAAAAAAGCUCCAAAACCAAGCCUUUUGGAGAGGCAGAUACGUACUAGUUGGUAGCUUAUACAGGGAAAUACCUCCUCCGGAAAUCAAUCACGGAUAUUUCUUCGACACAAAGGUAUCUUGGUCACACAUGCAUAGAAGACGAGGAUACAGGCUGUUUCAGCCGAAUUUUGAUUGGAUUAUGAUAAGAGAUCAAGUGGGAGAAACUGCGUACGGCAACGCGUAUUUGGAAAUCGAAGUGAAAAAUCCUCGAACCCAUAUUGAGAAAGAAAAGGCACUUUAUACUGACUACGAAAUUGAAUUGAAGACAAAUCAUCCUGCAUUUCCAUUGUUCCAUUCUCAAGUGAGACGAAGAUAUUCAGAGUUUGUUUGGCUGAGAACCAGAUUGGGUCUUGAUGAUGUUGUAAUGGUGCAAGUUCCACAUCUACCAAGAAAACAGUAUGUUGGACGUUUCAAGGAGACCUUUUUACAGAAACGCCAAGAAGGAUUAUCAAGAUUUCUGAAUAGGCUUGCAAGCAUUAAUUCUUUUGUGAACAAUUCAGCCAUGCUACUAUUUCUGCAGACAAGUCUCAGUAAACAUCAAAUGGACUACUACAUGAAAACACGAACUCCGGGAGGUAUCAGAUCACUUAUUCAUAGACUGCAUGAGAAAGAAUUGAAGAGGGACGACUCAGAAAGACGACCCAGAACAAAAACAUUCAGUGCAGAGUAUCCGUCUGCAGAAAAGCCCCAAACCCUGAAAUACAAAUCCUAUGGUAAGGAAUGGUCAAGUUUUCACAGUGAUAACCUGUUUGGGUUUAAUACUGCUGUUGAAGAUGCUAUUGAUGUUCCAGCCAAUAGAGACAUGAAGAAAUGUCGCAGUAUCAGCUGCUGUGCAUAUCCUGGUGGCCAACUGACCCUUCCCACAAUUCCUGGUAGCAGUGAGGAUGGGUUAGACAGUGCAGAAAGUGCAUCGUUUACAGAACCAGAUGGACAAACUGAAGAACAUCCACUGAGUCGCAGCUGGCAUGGAACACCAAGGGAUGAAAUUGACUUUGUACUGGAGGAUUAUGAAAUAAUUCCAUUGGAAUCUAUUACAAAAAUGGCAGGAAAUGAUGAUGGUGACAGCUUAAGUGAGUUUUAUGACCUGGACUUGGACUAUGUGGAUGUUGUAAAACCUGGUUUAGAAUAUGGGAGAGAACGUCGCUUUGAUUAUUAACAUCUGUCAUGUAUUCACUGAGUAAUUAAUAAUAAUCAAUAAUGUUGGGUGAGGUUAAGUCAGUGAGGGUUGAAGUUAAAAAACAGACUUGGUUUAGAUACUGUGUGAACAGAGCACAACUGGUUGAGAAAGAGGAAGAGUUCAGGAUCAUCUUUUUCCCCUGAUCUUGAUUUUAACAAUAGUAAUAAUAAUUGUUAAUAAAACUGUAAAUAAUCAAUGUAUUAAUUAUAUAUAGUCAGUAGCUUAUGGGACUUGUCUGGAAUAUUCUAAUAUGGAGACUCCAUUGGUUGCUUAUGAAGAAAGAAUAAUGAAAUAACAUAUUACAACACAGCUAUAAGGAUGAUGAUUAUGCUAUAAUACAGUCCAUGUACAGUGUACAGACUUUGGUUUAUAUGGAAUAACAUGCCAACUUAACAGUAUUAGUCAAAAAGGGUUAGCACUGUUAUGAAAAAGACUAUUUUCCCAGUCAAAUAUAAAGGCUUUAAUUGAUGAUAACAGUUAAGUCAAUAUUUGUUUAUACAAUUACUAGUUUCUCAACCAAUAUGUCACUAACUCUCUGUAGGCUUCACAAACACUUUCUUCCAAUCUAGUGUUCUGAAAGAAAUCAUGCCUUUUGAAGCUUCUAAACUAUGUGAUCACCUUUGAUAAGAGCUUCUGGACUAGUUUUCAAAAUUGUGGAGGAAAUCACGAUCUGUACAAGGCUUAUUUGUCGACAAGAGACUGAUACUUGUAACUCAUUCAAACUUAUGAACAAACUGAUAGGAAUAAGCUGCUCCCAAGUGCCUUUGUCUUGUCAGUAAAAGGACUAGAGUGCAACUGUGUUCAGGCUCAUAAAUCAGGCUAUACAGUUUUGGUAAUACAAAAUCUAGUUUGAUAAACAGGUCUGUGUUUUACAGGAAUUUAAGCAUAAGUCAAUUGGUUGGGAAUUGUUUGGGAAUUAGAUUCCAUAAUUGCGGUUUUAAACUUUUGCUUUCUAAAUACCAUGAGUGAAAUUAAUUGACAGUUGUAUAGUUAAGCUGGGGAUAGUGGUAUCUAGGUGUCCUUGUGCAACUGUGUUCAUGCAGUGUACUGAAUAUCAUAGCUUAUCCUAAAUCUUUCUCUGUAGUAUUAGUGUGAAAAGAAUAUUAUCUUUUGUUGGACUGCAGUAUAUUCAAUUUCUUGUUAUUUAAAUUAAUAUGAUAAUGUCCAGGCCACCAUUGUUGGAAUUCGUGAUGUCAUUAAAGAGAGAAUGAAAUAA